UUCUUCAAUUCUUCAUCGAAUUACGUUUAUGCCUAAAUUCUUCAUAUUGGAGAAAAUUCUUCAAAUCCGGCAACACUGCUUCGAAACGUGCAGAUUUAGCAACAAGUGACGUCCGUGAAAAAAUUGCGCGCAAAUGUCGAAUAGAGAGCAUGGAUUAUGCUGUUGUGAGUACAUUAGCGAUCAUGGCAAUCGAAGUCAUAUUCUCGCUAUAUGUUGCGAUUGUAAACUGAUUGAUGAAACAUUCGAAAGAUGCAUUACAUGCAAAUCUCAACCACCUGAUCUAAUGAUAAAAAUUGGUUCAAUGAUGUCAGAUAGAUGCCGAAUUCCGUGGUGUGAUGGGAGAGGAGCUAGAAAGAUAGAGUUCUCUAUUAUAAUACCAACAAUUCUUAUUCCUAUUAUUUUCAUAAUUGCUGCUCAAGGAUGGUUAUGGACUAUAAUUACAUUUAUAUUUUUACCAAUAUUUUUAAUUAUGAUUCAAAUAAAAUGUUUGAAACAUCAAAUUAGGACCAAAUUUUUUCUUAGCUGGACUAUUUCAAGCCUUGUGUUUUUAUUAUGUGUAUUUGAAUUUGAAGUAGUUCCCUAUUUAGAAAUAUUAUUUAUUGAAAAUUUUGUUUUAAUGUGCUUUGUAUCUAUUAUGUGUUUAUGCGGUUACUUUGUAAAAUUUAAUCAUGGAAUUCUUAAAAAUCCAAAUGUUUCAAUGUCUGAUAUAGAAUAUUUAAGAACUAAUGAACAAACACUCAUAAAUAUAGAAGAAUCAUCAAAAUGUGGUAUAUGUAAUAUUGUUCAGCCUGCUAGAUGUGGUCACUGUCGCUUAUGUGGACAUUGUGUGUUAAGAAGAGACCAUCAUUGUAUCUGGUUAGAUACUUGCAUUGGUGCAAAGAAUCAUCGCACAUUUAUUAUUGGUCUUCUGGCAAUGUUUAUAGCUUGUAUUUACGGAAGUAUGUUGACAUUAACAACAAUUUGCCACCCUAUUCUUAUAUUUGAAACAGUAUUAGUACCAGAUAAUUGCACCGAUGUUUAUGAAGAUAUAUAGUAAGUUAAAUUAUAUAACAAAUUUAUAUUUUUUUUAUUUUAAGUAAAAUUAAAAAACAAAUCAUUUCUAAAAAAACUAAAUAAAAUUUUAUUUAGGUUAGGUUAUCUGUACUAUUUUUGUAACUUUCUUUUAUCCAUAAGUUAUAGUAUCUAAAA